GGAAGAGAGGAGGAGGAGGGAAGGGACGGGGGAAGAAAAGAGAAGCAACUUUGGUAUGUCACCGGCGUUCCAGAGAAUGACAAUCAUAUUUGCCGGUUAAUCAGGGUUUUGGAAUUGACCAAGAGGAAACGCAUGUUUUGUGAUGAUGACACAAUCCUUGUUGGCAUAGUUGUUUAACAUGAGGGAACUCCCACAAGGAAAGGCUUAAAAGCACUUAGCGAGGGCUGAAGCACUUCUCAGACGCUGCCAGGAAAGAGAGGGAGUGUUUGCGUGUUGAUUUCGGUUCCUAGUAGAUGUCAGAAUGAACUCCGGCCAAGGAUUCUACCACUUCUCUUCUGGAUCUCUCAGGGGUGGUUCAGGAUGCAGCUUCUCACACAUCGGCGACCCCUACAGAGCUGGCACUCUGCACGGAGGAAGUGGCUGUCUACCUGUCCCCAUGUCCUUUGGAGCACCCACCUGGCUGGCCUCUGAUGCUGGGGCAGGCUGGGGGGGCUUCGGCGGGAGCCACGGGGACAUCUUCAUGGGAAGGAAUGAGAAGCAGAUGAUGCAGGACCUGAACGACCGCUUGGCCUCCUACCUGGAGAAGGUGCGUUCUUUGGAAGAGGCCAACACUCAGCUGGAGGGCUGCAUCCGGGACUGGCACAAGAAGAAGUCUCAGGGCACCAAGCAUGACUUCAAGGAUUACGAACAAAACAUCUCAGACAUGCACGAGAAGGUAAGUCUGAGGAGGCGCAGGCUGGCUUACAUUCCUCCAUGGGGGGAUUCAAGCACUCGUUCAGCUCAGCAAUAUAAAUAUCUGAAAUGGUUGCUUCUGCUGGGUGUUUGCUUAAGAGCUGUCCUCAAGGAAAGGUGUGGACUCCAAGGGUAGGAAAGGGUGAAGAGGGAGGGGAGGCAACCCUGAAAUAUAUAUAUUUUAAAGCACACACAUUCUCAAGCAAAUUCUCCUAACUACCGUUUUGCUCAGGGGGGAAAUGUUCAUAUUUCUAUAUUUUUUUAUCGUGUUGCAGUUGUGGAUGAUGUGGAAUUUAUGGGCUUGGCAGCACAUUACGUUGAAUUUGGCAUCUUAAUCUUUGGAUUUUAAAUUAAGAAUUGUGUUACCCUAUAAGUUUUUAUUAUAUUAAAGAAGGUAAAUUUGAUUUGGGGUGGGGUGGGGAGGUUAAGGUUGGGGUUAACAUUUCAGACUCAGACUACUCACUGUGUUUCCAAUGUGCACAGAACACGAUUUGAAUUCUAGACAGAUUGCUGCACUUCGCUCUUGCUUCUCAGAUACACCGCGACUGAAAUGAUGCCAGCUAUUUCUAUAUACAUGCAUCUCAUGUAUAUAUUAUAAAGCAUAAUUUUUAGUUAACCUACAUCUCCUGCAAGAGCACAAUGUCUCUAUCAGAAUAUGCCGGGAUGCUAGUUUUAGGAGUGAAGCCUAGACACCCUUCUAAAUCGUGGGUUAGCCCUUGAACAAGUGAAAAGGAUGACAUGCUCCAAUAAGACAUGGAUGGGAAUCCAGGGGACGAGUCACCCAGUGAGUGCAGGGCAUCAGAUGAUAUCCCACUGACAUCGCAAGUAGACCCAUUCGGAUGAAUGUGCCUGCUCUGAGUAUGACUUAGAGGGAUAUCUUGAGCAGCGAGCAGCUGAGACGGGGCAGCAUUUCUUUACAUAGCAAUCUGUGUUAUACCGACUUGGACCAUUGGUCCCUAUAGCUUAGUAUUGUCUACACUGACUGACAGCAACCCUCCAGUCUUUCAGACAAGGAAUCUUUUCCAGCUGUACCUGAAGAUGCCAGGGAUCAAACCUGGGAUCUUUUGCAGGCAAAGCAGAUGCUUUGCUGCAGAGCUACAGCCUAUUCCCCACUGUUAGCAAGCGUUGUUGUUGUUGUUGUUGUUGUUGUUGUUGUUGUUGUUGUUGCUGUCAUUGAUUAGUUAACCAUUCUUCACCCUAAGGUCCCAGGGCAGGUUACAACAUUAAAACACAAUACAGUGGUACCUCAGGUUAAGUAUUUAAUUCGUUCCGGAGGUCCGUACUUAACCUGAAACUGUUCUUAACCUGAAGCACCACUUUAGCUAAUCGGGCCUCCUGCUGCUGCUGCGCCGCCAGAGCACAAUUUCUGUUUUCAUCCUGAAGCACUAUUUCUGGGUUAGCGGAGUCUGUAACCUGAAGCGUAUGUAACCAGAGGUACCGCUGUAUUAAAAACCAGUUUAAAACAACUUAGAAUCGCAUAAAUGAGGUGGGCCCUAGAAAUAUACCCCUCAAGUGUCAAAAGCCAAAGUAAAGAGCACUGCUGAAGAAAAUUAAUUCGCUCAUUAUUCCCGUUCGUAAAGAUGUCUGCUGCUUUACAGUUCUCUACUCAUUCAUCCCCUUGCAGUAACCUUGGCCUAACUCUCAGAAACAGUAGCUGGAGAUAGCCCUGAGUCUGGACUAUAACACUUCAAACCGGAGGCAGGGGGUCUCAUAACUGAAUUUCAUUUAUAAAAAGAAACAUAACAAAUGAGGUGGUGUGCGAGUGAGAACUUCCACACAACUCUCCUUGACAUGCAAGCUUUCUAUGCAUAGGGAUCUUGGGCGACCUCGUAUAUUUAAAGCACCACUUUAAACAGUCUUGGCUUCCCCCAAAGAAUUCUGGGAGCUGUUGUUUGUUAAGGGUGCUCAGAGUUGUGCGGAGACCCCCUAUUCACCUCACAGAGUAACAAUUCCCAGAGUUCCCUGGGGUAGAUUUUUAAAACCAUUCCGGCUGUUGUAGCUCAGUGAGGGGAAUAGGGGCUUCGUAGCAACCCUCAGCACCGUUAAUGAACUACAGCUCCCAGAAUUCUUUGGGGGGAAGCCAUGACUAUUUAAAGUGGUAUCAGAGUGUUUUAAAUAUAUGGUGUGGAUGUGGCCUGGGGGUGACAUUCUCUCAGUGGAGCUCCCAUCUGCAGCCUGAAGGUCAUUACACAAAGGGAAUGCACCUGGGAUAUAGUAACUCUGCAGAACUUUUUUGUCUGUGUCUCCUCUCGCCACCUAUAUUUGUUUCAGAGCCGCUUCUCAUUUCACUGCUUGGACUUUUGAAGAUUUGUAUGGGGGGAAAAGUCAGUAGUAAACAGCUGGGGGCGUGAACUGGGUGAAUUGCUGCCAAGAGCUCAGAAAAGUUGCAAGGCAUAUGUUGUCUCCCAUAGUAUGCCUGAGCUUUCCAGGGUUAAAGAUAUAGCCCUAUCCCGACUAUGCCAUUUCAUACUACCAGCUGGGCAACAUAUCAUCAGCCGCAAUAAGCUCAAGUCCCAAUUACUGCAGUGUGCUCACCGUGGAGUUACCCUUGAGCCUGGUAGGGUUCCUCCAGCUCAUGCAAAAUGCUGCAGCCAGACUGCUGAUGGGGACAGUCCAUCAUGCAACUCUGGUGCUCAGAAGUUUGCAGUGGUUUCCCAUAUGCUACCAGGCUGCGUUCAAGGUACUUGCAUUAAGCUACAAGUUCCUUAACUAUUUUGGUCCAGGAUACUUCAAGGACUGCCUAAUCCCUUACAUCCCUGCCCAAUCCUGGAGGCUUUCGGGGGAGUCACUGUUGGUGGCCCCCCAUGUCUUAGAUGCAUGGCUCAUAUCCAUAAAGAGCUAUGCAUUCUGUAUUGGGGGCCCAAUUUUGUGGAGCUCCCUUCCGGUGUAAGUCAGGCAGGCCCCUUCCCUACUGAACUUCUGGUGGCUGUUGAAGUUGUUGUUGUUGUUAUUCCAGUAGGCAUUAUAAUAGAGGUUUGAUUUUAUAGUUUUAACUGAUCAUUUUACAUUGUACCUUUGUACACCACUCAGCAACUAUUGUAGUUGAAAUGUUUUUUAAAAUAAAUAAAACCAGAAUUGGACCUUUUGGUUUGACCUAUAUACUGUAAACUUGGCAGGCAGGGAUUUUGGGUGCUGUAUGUCACCCACCGCAUUGUUUUCAGCGCAUUUACGGAGACACAGUGGUAGAAGUACUUUGCAGCUCAUAGCAAGCUGGGUAGCAAGAGAUAUACCCGUCCACAUAAACCUCAUUUUGGAAGGUUCCUUCAGUGGGCCUGCCUGCCCUGACUUCCUGUAAUGUAGGAGGAUGCUGGGCCGGCCCUACCAGUUAUCAAAGUAAGGCAGCUGCCUCAGGUGGCAGAUAUGGAGACUGGGUAGUGGGGAUGGGGUAUUGGAAGACACAGUUCUGUGUGCCAUAGGGACUGCCCUGCAUCCCCUUUCCCAGCCUUAAUUUUAGUGAAAGAUUCUGGCCCAUCACCUGCGCAGAAGUAAGAUUCAACAGCCAGUCUGGUCCAGUUCCAUACAUGGAAUAGGUGAGCCCACCAUUUUGCCUCUUACCUAAGGCAGCAAAUUGUUUUGGGUCAAUCUUAAGAGGACGGAGCUGCUAUAGUGUCUCUGAGUACACAUGAAGUUGGCUGUGCAGGAAAAUACACACUUCCACUCUAAUCUUACAAACAGCCCACCCUCUCAGCAAAUAUGUAAUUUCCCGAUAAUUAAAGAGAAUUUCUGGUUCUCACCAAGAUUUCUACAUUAAGCGUCAACUGAAGCUGCCUUUGUGCUCACAUGUCUUCGUGCCUAAGUGGGGUGUUAAUUGGGACUCAUAAUAAUGCCCAUUUAACUAGGCAAUAAUCCCUGUGACUAAUCCUAUUAAUGACUUUUAACUCCAUGUUGCUAUAUAAGGCAAGAAGGCAGGCUUUUCACAACGGUGUGCUUUAGCUCUUGAAGAGCGUUCCGGUUCUGAAUGAGGGUAAUUUGUACCUCCCAUAAUCUUUGGGAGAGGCUGCCACAGAGAGCUCUGCAAAAUGGCAUCCAGCAGGGCCCCUCUCAGCAGAAUGAGCAGGAAGGCCUAUCUUACCACAUUUUGAAGUAAAACACACGAGCACCUGAAAGACAGACCCUCAUAGGAUCACAGCCCAGGUGGUUCAUGGGAAGUGAUUCAUAAAACAAAAAUAACAAUUAAAAAUAAAACUGCCUAACUGUACUGCUGUAUGCUAACUAACGCUUUCUGCAUGGUGACAGCCUCUGUGCUGGCUCAUGUGGGAUUAGAGCUGGCAUGAUUUAUAGCUAGAGGCAGCCAAUGUGGUGUCCUUCAGAGGUUGUUGAACUACAACUCCCAUCAUCCUUGACUGUUAUUGGUCAUGCUGGCUGAGGCUGAUGGGAGUUGUGGCCCAGCAUUAUCUGGAGGGCUACGAUGUUGACUCCCCCAUCUAAAGCAAGAAGCCUGAACUUGGCCAACCUGAACUUGGCCAACCACUCUUCAGCCACCGAUCUUCUCAGCCCCCCAAUGGCUUUCCUCAGACUUGGUUUAGAGGGUUACUGAAGCAUGCUGGGGGCAGAACAAAGACUACAGCCAACAAAUGAGGACCUUCCUAAUGCAAUCUCCCUUCCUCGUUUUUCCUCACUUCAGGUCCAAGCUGCCUUGCUCUGCCAGUAAACUCUCCCCUAGCUUCUAUUGGCUUGAACUGGGAUUGCUACCCAGUGGAGAAAGAAUUUUCUUGGCCCAAGAAAAUUGGUUCAUAUUAGAUCUUGGCGCCCACACAUAUACAGCAAGUGUGGAUUUUUCUAGUGUGUUGGGGUCUGCUUCCAUAGUCAAAAGAACUGUGAGCCAACUAGAAGGUUGGGAUUAGCCUGCCACCCUCCCAGACUUUGCUCCAUAUCCUUCCUGUGUCAGGAUUAAUGGGCAAGCAGAGGGGAAACAGUUCAUUUUGAAAACAUAGAUACAUGGGGGAGCAAGGAACCUCACUGGUUCAGGACACAGUUCUAGGAAUGAUGGUUUCCAUGUUGUCAAUACAUUUUGCCCUGCUGCUAAGGACUUUCCCUCCCAAUAUGCUCUUAGGGAUGCCCUCUGGUCUCUCUGAAGCACCAUGAAUAAGUUCAGCUAAAGCCAGGAUGUUUUGCAAGAUGUAGUCUCAACAGCACCUUAUCACACCACCAUCUAAGUUUUCUUUUUAUGUGGCUCUGCAUGAGUUUUGUUUACACUCAAGGUAUGAACUGACUGGCUAAAAUCCCUGUAUGUAUGUGUAUGUUCUCCUGUAAUAUAUGGCUUUGCCGUCUUGCUGAAAUCAUCUGGAGGUGUUUGCUGUGUAGGCUCUGUGCUUACGGCAUCCUUUCUUGCAUGCACUUGGGGAAGGAGAGGAAGAACAAGGAAUGCUGAAAAUAUAGGUCACUGAUUCCAAGAUUUCCGCAACCGCCUUUUUCCUGUUCUACAGUUCAACAACAACAAGCGUCAGAACUUGGAGUGAAAAAGUGUUAAUUGCAUUUGUGAACUAACUUUGCAGCCUUCUGCAUUGCUUCUUCUGGCAACCCUAGAGGAGUAGUCUAUUUGCCCAGGAAUGUUCCCUGUCAUCGCUUAACAAACACAUUCAUGGCGUGGAUCCCCCUGGCUCUGUGAUACGACUCAGGUCUUUCAAGAAAAGGCUAGAGAGGCUGUCUUAGUGAUGCUUUAGAGACAGAUUAAGGGUAUCUCAAGUUCCAACGGUAAAACUACAUCCCCCCAAAAAUGUGUGUUUUGCAGAGAAUGACACAGCAGCUAGGGACACAGAAGAAAUUUGGUCUGUGAACUGAUGUAAACUGAUGUAAUUUGCACUUCCCAAAACAAUACGUGAACUGGGAGUAAGGAUAUUCCUUAUGUACAGGAAUAUUCAGUGGUUUCCAAACUUCCUGACACACUUUGAGCACUGAUGCCUGUUGUGUCAUAUCUGUUACCACAGUCAACAAUUCCUGGCUUGCCUUGCUGGCUGAAGGGAUGGAGGUCUUUUCUCUGACUUCAUGCUACAACUCUGAAACACAGAGCAUGAUGUAAUGGGGAAAUAUCUUGCUCCUCACUCCAGCUCUGAGCUUGAAGCUAUGAAGUGCAGGGGCCGAAAACAAUUGCUGGCACUCACAGUUCAAAAAUGAAGAGGAGACAGAGGCUGAUGGCUUAUGAGUGUAGCUGAGUACCAGCUUGGUUCCAAGGCAAAGUGAUGGGGCCUCCCCCUUCCGGGUCUGAGUUGGGAGAUCCAGAAGCACAACGGCUUGCUCUGUCUCUGUGCCUGAAGAGUUGGACAGGAGAAGAAAAGCACUGAAUAUUCUCAGUGCCAACGCAGUGGUGGAGGGGUUUUAUGUGUCCUGCAAGCACAGAGCCUAAUGGACUCAAGGCUUCCACUGGAAUGGGCGUUCAUUUCCUCUGCUCUUCAACUCUAGGCUUCAAAGGAGCCUCAGGCUUAUGUUGUCACUUGCUAGAGCUCCUCGCUCUCAAUGGAGGGGGGGGCCAAGUCAGGUCAUUGAACCUUCAUCCAUAAGAACCUUACAAAGGGGGGAGGUACCAGAAAUAUGCGGGUCAUUUUUAGCCAAAUAGCAGCAGCAAUGUGGAAAGAGUUCAGAUUUUCUUGCAGACUGCAGUAAGACUAAAAUGAUCCAGAGGAAUUCUCCAAAUUCUGGGCUCGGGACACAAAAUUCAAGACACUUUUAUAACAUUCUCUUUACAUGAUUAGGUCAUGAACGGUCCCUUUCAGCAAUAUGAUUGGAUACCAGAACGUGUGGACCGCUUAUGGACCCCUCACACUCACUUCUAAUUGGUUUACAAAAAGCACACUCCUAUCCACUAGUGAUACCAUGGCAACAGUGAGCAAAGUUUAGAAAUUUGCUAUUCAUUUGUCUCAUACAAAAUGUUGCUUUUCUGCUAUCUGCUUACAUGAAGUUCUCCUCAUUAGUGUGAGUUACUGUUCUGUGGCUUUGAAGUUCCUAGUCUGCAAAGGUCAGUGAGCUCUUGGCAUGUCUUGCUGAGCUGAUAAGAAAAUGAGAGGCCCUGCUUGCUAGCAAAAAGACAGAAACGCAUCUUCUAUUCAUGGGUGAGGGAGGGGGCUGCAGAGAGAAAAGAAAAAUAGUUUUUAAACUACUUCACAUCCUUUUCCCUUUGGAGGUGAGAAAACGGAAAGUUAUUUCUGAAGUCUUCAAUCUGGGAUUAAAUGAACAAAUGCAAUUGCAUUAAGUGUGCAAAACAAUUGCAUUAAAAAGAGAGAGAUGCCUAUAUUUCCAAUACAUUUCCAGUACAGCACAAUGGCACAGAUACGUUGUGGCUGGGACUGCCUGAGAACGUGUUUAUGCAGACUCAGCACUUAUCAGGCUGAAGUCAAUUGUGCACCAGAAGCAUGUUCUGCGGCAGACGGGGUGAGCAUAGGUUUGUGUGCUGUGGGUUCUGACAUGCUUCCUGGUCCACAACAGCCACCUGGGUUACAGGUCAUGACACCCAGGUAUCAAGAGUCUAUCUGUCAGGGACUGGACAGAGGAGGAAUGGUGGAGACCGCCUCCCCAGUCUGACCCUUCCAGAGAAGGAGGCAGUUCAGAAUUACAACAGGGGUUUGAGGGAGAUCGCAGUUCAGAGGAAGACGAGGGGAAAAGUUGGGAAAUUAUGGGAGAGGAGGAGGUGGCAGAGCUGGAGCAGCUGGCUGACACAUUAUCACUAGAAAAAAUUCCAGACCCACCACCUCCCAGAACCUGGUGAGCCUUAAAAGUAGGAGAGCAAAGGGCUCGGAAGCAAAGGACCCUCAGCGCCACCAGUAGAAGGGAUGAUGAAUGAAGAAGUGGGAGAGAAGGGGAGGGGAGAUUUACUCAGGGCAAUGCCAUUAUUCCAAGAGGCUUCCUUUCUAAGCCUCUCUCUCUGUGAAUAUUGAAUGAAAAGCUGUAGGUAAGAACUUUCCUUGUCUUAUCCAUUCCUGGCAACCUACCAUGGGGGUUGGAUCCUCUGACGCCUGACACUAUCAUAGAAUCCCUCAGCUGUGCAGAAGACUCUGAACCCUGUUGCAGGGCACACACUCAGUUCACAGAAGGCACUGUUGGCCCUCCUCCUCAUCUCCUGUGAACAGGUGGUGUGUGUCCUUUAACAUACCUAAAGCAUUCAUCAGUGGUUGAGCAUCACAGAAGAAGAUCAGUUGUGGUUUGCAAACUGCCUUUCAGCUGCUGCUGUUGUUGUUGAGCAUCUGAUAAGCUAACAAAGACUUCUGGGAUCCUCCAGAAACUCUUUGAAAAUAGCUUGUACCUGACAAUUUGAUGGCAUUUAAUGGUCGGCAAACAAUCGUCGUUAACAUCAGGUUGCGUUGGGUAACUCACAUGCAUUAGAUAUAGUGUCCAAUAGCAUCUGGUAGGUAAGUAACAACCAUUCGUAUUUGGUAGCUGGGAAUUCAGAACUGAAGAUGGCCAAAACCAAAAUGAUCAAGAGAUACUGGCAGGUGUAAACGUUUCCCUUUUUGACAUUUGAUAAAAAAUUUCAGAAGAACAAUGUGAAUGUGAAUUUUGUGAAAGUUGCAUUAAAAAUAUGAAGCUUAACAAAGUUAGAACAUUUCAGAUGUUUGCAAGUGAUAGGUGCAGCUCAUGAAAAGGCAUUACGUCAGAGAACAUUGCUUGCAAAAAAAAUAAUUGCACAUUAGAUAUUAAAUAAAUAUACUGAAAUACUGACCAGUUUUUGUGAGGACAUUUUUUUAAAAAGGAAACUGAUGCAUAAAUGUCAUGAACUGCACUUUAGGUUGGAAAAAUCAGACACAGAGAGAAACCCAAAUUGAGAGAUCCAUCCAACUGUUCAUCCCUACCAACCAAUCACAACAACUGCCAACCCCCCCCCCCCAGAUAUUGAGCUUUUCAUUCCACAUUUGCAAUGAGAUGAGUUCUUUCUUUCUCAUUUACAGAUUGAGACUAAACGGGUUACCAAUGCAAGCAUCGUGCUACAGAUUGACAAUGCUAAAAUGGCCACUGAGGACUUCAGGCUCAAGUAAGUUAUUCCUUGAACUCCUUGCCUAUUCGUGGAAACAGAGAUUGGCAAAGGACAUAGAAUUUGGCCUUAAUUCUUCACAACCUGGUCGUCUGGAUGCAAUAAAGCCAACCUAUUCCCCAAGUAAUUUAAUAAAUGUAAUAAAUAAUAACAGCAAUGUUAGAUGCACCACAGAUUAAGCCUGGUUGAAAUCAUCACCAUUGGAGUCAUGCCAUUUAUGGUGCCCUACUUACUAGGUCCUUGGCCAACAACUAGGCUGGCUAGCAGGCCAAUCUCGAAUGGAGCGUAGGGUUGAAAGGGGUCUUAUCUUCCCCCACUGCUUCUUACUCAUUUGUGGCUGCCACCACAUAAUACCUGGCUGAGGCUGAAAGCUCAAGGCAGGUGUGUUGCCUUUUCUGGAUAGUAGAGGAAACCUCAGGAAUUAUGUAGGCACCGCAGCUUGUUUCCUUUCCAUUUCGCCUGCCUCCUGAAACGAGACUGGUGCUAUUAAUGGCUACUAGCCCCAGUGGCUAUCUUCAGACUCCACUAUCGGAGACAGUCGCUAGGAAUCACAGGUGGGGAGAUGCUGCUGCUGCUGCUGCUGCUCCUCCUCUCAGGUCCUUCUUGUGUGCUUCCUAUGGGCAUCUGGUUGGCCACUGUGAAAACAGGCCUGAUCCAGCAGGCUCAUCUUAUCAUGGAAUCAUAGAAUGGUAGAGUUGGAAAGGACCGUGAGAAUCAUCUAGUCCAACUCCCUGCAGUGCAGCAGUAUUUUGCCCAACGUGGGGCUGGAACCAGCAACCCUGAGAUUAAGAGUCUCGUGCUCUACCAACUGAGCUAUCCCUCAGGGGAUCCUAUGACUAAAUGGACCCUUGGCCUUAUCCACCAGGCUCAUCUUAUGUUCUUAUGUUCAUCAUCAAACCUGACAUGUAUUUACUCAAUAUGUAUUUGCUGAUUUACCUAAAAAGAUAAGGUUAGUGAGUGUGCAUGGAAGGGAAGUGGAAGGUGCCUAUUUCAACUUCCCCUCCCUCUGCUCCUUUAAGCUGUUUUCCCCACCCUUCCAGAAGCAAUCAUUUCUAGUAUCUGAGUGGGACUGUGGGGAAAAACAAAUUUGAGAAACCGAAGGGCAAUGGCAAUUUUUUUCGCUUGCAGAAAUAGCCAGUGCCAGGAAGUGUGCGCACUCAGUUUGGAAUGGGACAUGGGAAGCUGUAGGCUUCACCUUUUGUUGCAGUUCUGGUCUAGAUGCCCUCCGCCACAGUCUGCAGUUUGUACGGUGGGGGGAAAUCCCAUUUGCUCCAGUGGAAGCUUCCUCCCCACCUCCCGUGCGAAUUGCGGACCUGAUGAGGUGUGUGUGUCUAGAUUAUGACUGUAAUGGACAGCAAAGGGCUGAAUCACAGAACUGAAGAGUUGGAAGGGGCCCAAAUAGUCAUUUAGUCCAACUUUCAUGUGUUCCAGUGUUCCAGGCCAAAUUGGAGCUCCUGCUCAAGCUGUUUCUGCAUUACAAACCCUGCCCUCAGGGCACAUGGCUUGAAUAACAUCAUGUGUAACUUGGCCCGUAGCGAAAAUUGGUUUUAGGAACCAAGUCUUUGAGCCCAUCUUUGUCGAAUACCAAUCGAAAACUCAAGAGCUGCUCUGUUAUCUAUGUAAUGGGUGCAUCCAGCUUCACUGAACUUUGUGAAUGUACUAGAGUGGAAGACUAGACUGAAAGGUCCAUUGUGCCUUUCCAAAUCAAUAUUUUUAUUGUACGAGCAUGGAAGUCGGAAAAGGGCAUCCAAUAGGUAGGCUAGCUGAAGUCCUCAAAGCUGUAGGCUCAGUCCUCGUGUGUCUCCAGUCUCCUCAACUGUUUUCCUUUGCUCUCCUUGGCUAAGAUAUGAGGCAGAAAAGGCCCUGAGGCAAAGUGUGCAGGAUGACGUCGAGAACAUUCGCAAGGAACUCGACAACAUGACAAUCAUCAUAACAGACCUGGAAAUGGAGAUCGAAGCUCUCCGUGAAGAUCACAUCCUCAAGAAGAAGGAACAUGAGGAGGUAGGGGAAAUUUCCAGAUCUGCUAAAAUAAGGCCAUAAGAUGACUUUCAUGGAUUUCAUUACAGUCUUAUUGCUUUUAAAGAAACUAAUCCCCAAAUCAAAUCCUUUUUGACUCAUUCUCCACUUGAAAGCUGAGUUUUGGAUAAGCCAUAUCAUAAUUAUAUUGAAUACAAAUAGGAGAUUGUGGACUACAGUACAUUAGCACUAUCUGUUGGGCAGUGUGAGUGGAGCUUGUUUUGCACAAAGCUCACACACUUUAUUUCCAUUUUAAAUUUCGGGCAUGCAUUUCUCUCUUUAAAAUAUUGAUAUCCCGCCCCAAAUACAGUAAAAAUACAGUCAAGAUAUACCUAAAUAGCAAAGGGCCAUUCCACCAUAAAACGGCUAGAACAACAAGAAAAAUACCUGCCCACCCAAAUUCACUAACAUCGUUAACAACCGAAUUCCUUCCAGAAAUAUAAUUAGGGAAGAAGUGAGGUGGUCUUCUCUGGGCAGGGAAUCCAAUCUUUGACUGCAGCCAUUAGAAAUACGUUCUCUCAGUCAACUGUCCCAAAACAGUAUAUAGGUUUAAAGGCGAUAACCAAUACUUUCAAUUGGGCCUGGAAGCCAACUGAGAACCAGUGAGGCUGUUUCAGCAAUAAUGCAACAUACUUCCAAUAUCCAGUUCCAGUUUAUAGCCUAGCUGCUGUACUUUGAAGAAGCUGAAGUUUCCGAACACUCUUUCAAAGGCAGCCCCACAUAUAGCACAUUUCAGUAGUGCAGACAUUACGUGUCCAAGGUACAUUUUACCACAGCCAGAUCUGUCCUUUCCAGGAAUGGAUAUCAUGGGCACAACAGCCAGGAAUUGAUAUCAUGGGCACAACAGCCUACACUGGGCGAAAGCAUCUCUGGCCAAGUCCAGAAGCCCUCUCAAACUACCUUAACCUACCUUAACCCUCUUCAGUAGAACACACACAUAUAUAGCUUGGCACAGCUAUCCCAUGGUCCAUUGCUGAGAUUACGACAGCACAAAGGAUGUUGCAUAUUUCAGAAAGAUUCCCUUAACCAGUACAGAUCAGAGAGAAAUUCACUUCAGUUUACAUUUAAAGCUGAAUUUGUUACAGUCACACUUUCUGGAAGAGUAUAAGAACUGAAACGCAGCCUUCGUGAAUUUUGCAAUGUAGUUCUCCAACCAAAAGAGCAUUUGCAAAAAUGAAUAAUGAAAGUGAACAUGGAAAAAUGCAUUAAGAGAAGUUGCUUUCCCCCCCCAAAAAAAGUACCUUAGUCAAAGCUGCAGACAAAAAAAGUUUUUAUUUGGAGAAAUUUGCAAUAAAAUACUGACGAAUCUUCAUUAGUAUUUUUUAAAUAAAUAAAUAAAUUUCAAAUUACUGCAGAAACAUGGAGAACUGAAUUUAAGGUUGACAAAAAAUGAGGAAAACAAGAGACACAAAAUUGACAGAUGGUUCCAUCCCUGCCAGCCAGCUUCAAUGUCCCUUGAAUGCUGGGAUAUUGCUUGUGAAAAGGUGUUAAGAGAACAGAAUACAGAAAUGCAUACAUAUUUUCAUGCAAAUUUUUGAAAUAAAAAUGUUUGCAAAAGCGGGACAAACUGAACUAAAGAUUGGGGGUGGGGAAUGAGAAACUGAAAUAGAUUUAUCAUUCCUUGUAGGUAGUAAUAUCUAAUUUUUGCUACCAUAGGUAAAACACAGCUAUUGCAACCUUAAAGUGUUUCUAGUGGUAGUUCUGUAGAGUUAACUAUCAAAGGGGACACAGUUAUAUAAAUGCAGAACAUGAUUAACCAACAUGCAUUAGUGUUCCAUUGGCUGGUGUCAUUUUAUGCUCAGAAACCCCUUUUCAAAAAUGUAUUGCAGCUGUCCCCUGCCACCAAGCAAUCAGCACAAAGCAUCACAGUUUUCAUGUGCUCUGAACACUGGCUGGUUUUAGCAUCCUCCCCUUAGUUUCCCAAGGGCACUGUCACUAUGUAAACCACAGGACGAUAUUGCAACGAAGGGAACUUUACCAUACCAGUUUGGCUUGUUUAAUAAUUAGGUUGUUUACAGAGUAAUUAUGUGUUUUCAUUCAGCUGCUCCUGCGGUAAUUACACAGAACCUUUAUAGCUUUUGCAGCAAGACUUGGCAAAGUACAGACACAUUUUUGUGUGCGUAAAACUACUGAUAUUAGAUGAAAAGAACAGUUUCAGGUUUUGAAGAAUUCUAUCCCCCUGCCCCCCCCCAAUCAAGUUACCGUAUUUUUCCGUGUAUAACACAUCCCCGAUUAUAAGAUGCCCCUUAUUUUCGGGGACUCAAAUUUAAGAAAAUGGAAGGGGGGAGAGAUUGCCCUGCUCGUGGCAGCAACCAAUCCCCCGUCCCACCUCUGCACAACCCUGUAUAAGACGACCCCCCAUUUUUGAUAUUAUUUUAUCAGAAAAAAACCUCAUCUUAUACAUGGAAAAGUACGGUAUGUUUAAGUAAAGAUCCAAUAUUUUUAAAGGACAAUUUAACUGUUCUUCAGGACUCAGUUUUUCUACAGUACGCCCCAGCCCUGGAUUUCAUUUAAAAACAGAAGUCCACCUAUCAGAAGAUCAUAUACUUGCUAUCUAUAUUCUGUCUCCUAUUUUAAAGAAGCCCUCCAGAUUUUCUUGCACAAACACUUUCCCAGUUGCAGAGCACAUGAUUGAUACAAGAACCUUGGACUAUCUCAGGCAUCUCCAGUUACAAGACAAAUUCGAUUGUCAUAUAUCGGAUUAAUAAGGCAAGAUAGGAGCAACCAGUAGCUUUGGAUAUUAAGCCAGAGUUUAAAGAUGUCUCAUUAUCUUGGCUGGUUCUGAAGUUGUGAAUCACAGUUUCCAGUUUGGGGUGAAAUGGGAAACUAUACUUAAUGAAAGACUUAGUUAUAAUUGAUUCCCUUAUGCACACAAAGGGGCUUAGUGCUUGACCAUAAACUUAGAUAGGAUCUCCUGGACUUGCCCAGUCUGGACAUCGGCCGAUCCCAAAACCUCCAUGUCAUCCCCUCCCUUCAAUAUUUAGCCAAAAAUAUUUAAAUUCUCUCUCUUGGGAACCAAGUCCUGCAGUCUGUCCUCCACAUUGCUUAAUUUGUUCUUAUGCAAAAAAGUGGGCUGCCAAGGUAUAGGAAUUUUGAUCUGUGGUGCAGCCUCUGUGCCUUACUUCUGCAGUUCUUUGCUGGUUGAUGAUUAAGACCAACAGGGAAACAAUUGUCUAUGAUGAGCUAGCUUUAAGAGGAAGAAACAGUCAACAAGUUGGCAUGUGUUUCCAUUGUUUUGAUAUUUUGAUCUGAAGUUGCCAGGAGACCUCUGUUAAAGGGCGGGAUGUCAGUUCUGAAAAGAAACAAAUAACCAGCAAGCAAACACCUAAAAUCACCAAUUGUACAGAUUCUCCAGGAACAAGCACAUGCAUGCACCUAUAACAAAUUAAAUUACAUCAGUGUAAAUUUUCUGCGGAAGAAAUAAAGCAAGCCUAGGGAAGCUGUGGCUCUCCAGAUGUUUUAGAACUACAAUUCCCAGGUCUCCUGAGCACUGGCCAUGCUGUCUGGGACUGAUGGGAAUUGGAGUUCAGGAACCUCUGAUGAACCACCGGUUCCCCGUCUCUGGAAUAAGUGGGAAUGAGAUACAGGUGGAGUGUGUGUUUUUUUAAUGAUAGCUAGGAGGGGAGAAUCAAGAUAACAAGGGAGCUUUCUCACACUCAGGCCCUGACCCAAUUUUCUCUUCCCUUGGAGCACAGCUAAGUCAGCUCCUGUUGAAAAGACAAAUAUGGGGAAAUCUCAUCUGCUUCUAAUGAGGUUUAGGGAUCCUGUUCUACCAGCACUGGUCUCCCUGGGCUAGAGACAAUUGCUGAGAUCUCUCCCCGGGCUAAGAUUCUGGGUUUUCUUAAUUACUUUUUAAUGGAUGGGCAUUGGAGCCAGAGAUACAGGUGUAAGCUGUGUUGAACCACCUGAACUCCACCUCACCUGCUUCUCCUUUGUCAUCUCAGCUGUUUAUUUGCCAACCACCAAUGGCAACUCCUCUAAACUUUGUCUCAAUUAACUGUACAUGAUCAUCCGUCCUGGAAGCUGCUGGGCCUCUCUUAGGCCACAUACAGGGGACAGUGCGUUGUUGGGAAUGGGACCACCGGGAAGGAUACAGGCCCAUCACUCCAGUUUUGAGAGCUCACCUUUGUUACUAUUUCCUCCUUCCCUUGAACUGCACCCCAACAUGUUCGGUGUGGAUACAAGUAGAAGAUCGUGCAAAUUCAUGGAGAGCGGGAGGGGUUGGAGCAGCAGAUCUGCUCAGUGGACCACUGGAAUACCUUUUAGAGUUUACAAAGCCAUCCCUUAUAAUGUUGGGUUGGAUGCACAUGGAAAAACCCAUAAAUGCCUGAUAGAUCCAUAAAGACCCAUCCCUCUCUCUUCCUCUAAAACCCUCUAAGAGAGCCAGGGAGGCCCCAGUGAGCAUGAGACUCAUCUCAGGGUUGUGGGUUCCAGCCCUAUCAUUGGGCAGAAGAUUCAUGCAAUGCAGGGGUUGGACAAGAUGAUGGUAGUGGUCCCAUCCAGCUCUACAAUUUUAUGAUUCUCUGUGUUUGGGUGCGAUAAUGGCAGACUCUUUGAAAGGCAUGCUUGGGCCAAUUCCAUUUCUGUUGGCCUUAGAUUCUGUUCAUGUCCCCUUGUUUUGCUCUUUCCAGCUCCAGCAGACCACAUAUAGUGUUUCCUCCUUGCCAGUUGUUUUGACAACUUCUGCUAAUCCAAGGGGCUUCCCUUGUAUGUUUGACAUUUUUGCCCCAAGAACCUGAUUUGCAACUGGCGGCAUCUCAUUUCAUCACCUUGUAAUUUUCCAAGUUUGCUGCAGGUAGGCCUGCUCAGGGCUGACAUGUAUUCAUUUCAAUGAACUGGAGGCACACCUGUAGCAGUUGCUGUCUCCAAAGGGAGAGCAACAAGAAAGGGCUGUUGCCUUCAUGCACGGCUGGUGGGCUUCCUCGAGGCAUCAGGUUGGCCACUGUAAGAAAUAGGAUCUGAUUAGGCUUUGGUCUCAUCUAGCAGGAGUGUGCCCUAUUUUAUUCGGCAAUCACAUUCUUUAGAGACUUCCAGAUGUCUUUAGGACAUCAUCCUAAAAAUAAUUCUCACCUCUCACCCAAAGAGAAGAGGAAGGACAGAUUGGAAUGUGGCCAUCCCAUGGGCUCCUCUCGCUUCUGAUGAUGUCCUUUACGUUAACCUCCAUCUUUAACCCUUCAUGUGCAGGACAUGCAAGCACACGGCGCUUCCAAGGACUUCAAGGUGAAUGUGAAGGUGAAUUCUGCUCCACAAGAAGAUCUGGCCAGGAUCCUGGCAGGGAUAAGAGCGGAUUAUGAAGCCAUUAUUGAAAAGAACCGCCAAAGCCUUGAUGCCUGGUUCCAGCAGCAGGUAAUCUUUGACAUGAGCGAGAUGGAGAAAGCCCUGUUGAACUACCCUGGGCCCAUAUGUGUAUUUUUAAGUGUUGUGAGCUAGGCAUGACCACAAAAUGGUUGCCAUUUGGUGGGGGGGCAUUCAAUGUCCUUUUCUGUACACGUAUGUAUCUUUUGUGUGUCUUCACACCAAGGGAAAAUGUAUAGAGAGAACAAGAAAACAACAGACACACACACAGAGAGAAAAGCACACACAACUCCCCAAAAUUCUGGGCUAGAAGACCCUUGGGUCUCUCCCAACUCAAUAGUUUUAUGAUUCUGUAACUCAGCAGUGGAACAAUUUCUGCACUGACUUGAAUGGGAGGGGUGCCUGCACCUGUAAAAAUGGCUGGGGAAGCUCUGUUUGAACAACAGAGCCCUUGGAAAGGGUGAACUUCUCACCACCAGCCAUUCUUGGAGUGGGACAGCUUCCCUCUCCAUAUGCAAGUCAAUAGAGGCAUCGCACCACAGUUACAUAAGGGCAAGAGCCCGGUGGGCGUCAUGGCACGGCCUGAUGGGGUGGCACACCUUUGGGGAUACUAGGGCUACAAUUUGAUACCUUGGCCACCCACAAAUUAGGAACUGGCUUCAGGGUGCUACGAGGGCAUGCUGGCUUAAUCCUAUUCCAGGAAUCGACAGUGCCCCAGGGAGUUCUUCCAUACCCAUUGUCCCUGCGAUUAUGAAUAAGCUGACUUCCAGGCAGGCAAAGUGCCUGCUUAGGUGUGAAUAGUUAAGAAACGCCACCUCCCGAUAUGAGGUAAUGCUGUUCACUGCUGCAUGGAUGGCUUUGCUAGCACCCAAACCUCAAAGGACUAGCCACAAAGCUGAUUUCCUCCCUACCUGGGCACAUGCUGGCAAGUGAGGACAUGCCAGCCUCUGCGCCUAAUUGAUGCCAUCUCCAGAAGAGUUAUUCUGGGGGGGAAACAGAACGUUUCCUGGGAUGGGGGAGGUCACAAAGCAAUCUUCCAGGGGAAGGAUGGUGAAAGCCUAGAGUAGGACCUGAUCCCUUCUGGGGGGCACAUGCAAAUGGUGGGCAGGGCCAGAGGCGGAAGUGGGUGGGGCAACAAAUCUCCAUUCUACCUUUGUGCAGCAGGUGAGUUUCUACACCCACUCACAAACCCUUCCAUCCCAGCAAGCAAGAAGCAUUAUUAGAGUUGAAGGACACAUGCCAGCCAGGGCAAAACACUUUGCCCUGCAAAGUAGGCUGCAAAGCAGGGACAGUGAGAGCUGACCCCUCGAGGGAGGGUCCCGAGGGCCAGAAACAGGGCUGCAUUUGGCCCCCAGGGCUGAGGUUCCCCACCCCUGACGUAGGCAGGUCAGAGGAAAGAUUCUCAGUGAGAGCUCACAGGAUCCUAUAAGAAAGGUGUGCUGCUCCAAGCAGGCUCAGGCGAGUCUGUUCAUGGCAACAGCACAAACAAAAGACUUUUAAAAAUAUUUAUAUUUUAUUGAACAUUUUCAGUAGAGAGAUGCAGUGGAAUAAAAUGAACACAAAACAAAACAAAAUUAGAGAAAACUACUUGAAACUGUGGUACAAUACAAUAUAUAGGUAUAUAAACAGUGCGGUUAUCCUAACAGGUAUAAAACUUAUUAACAAGUCAUUAUGCUUUUUUUCUAAAUGCAUUCCAAAUAUCAUUAUAUUUUUCCAUGCAUGAUCUACCUAUAAAAGCAAUCAGUUUGUAUGUUGCAAGAGUAGUCAUAUCUUCUUUUAUCUAUCAUUCAAAGGGAGCCAUGGUAUUAUUUUUCCAACGUAUCAGACUUUUAGCAGAAGUAAGGACGCAAAGAAUCCAUUUGCACUGACCCGCUGUCAAACCACAUAAUGUUGGUAUGUGGUUUAGGAUAAUAUUAUCGUCUGACAAUUUUAAUUCAAACCCCCCCCCCAAAAAAGUAGGCUUUAUAGAUCUUAAUACUUUCCUCCCACAAUUUGUCAGCAUUGGACAAUGUAUAAACAUGCAUGUUGUUGUAGACAGGCCCUUUCUGUGCAAGAGUAGCAGAGUCUCCAACAGCACAACAAAAUGUGUUGCUACUUUUUUUGUUCCACAGGUCGCCAGUGAGUCUAUGGAAGAUGCGCCCAGCCAGGAAGAACUACAGAACAACCGGAAGGAGAUCUCCGACCUGAACCACACUCUGCAGAACCUGGAAAUUGACCUGCAGACGCAGCUGAACAAGGUAACGUAGCCAAAGAUAGAGGAGGAUGUAGCAGACAUGGCUCACGAGGACGUGCAGUCUCAGAGCCAAUGGUCAUCACAUUGAGCGGGCCAUAGCUCAGUGGCAGAGUGACUGCUUUGCCGGCAGAAGGUCCCAGGUUCGGUUCCUGACAUCUCCAUGUCGGGCUAGAAGAGACCCUUGCCUGGAAUGCUGGAGAGCUGCUGCCUGUCAGUGUAGGAAAUACUGAGGUAGGAGGGUCAGUAUAAGGCAGCUUCCUAGGUUCUACAUUCCAGCAGCCCUCAAGAACAAAGUUCUAGUUAGAGGGCCAACCUUGUUGUGAAGAUUAAAUGAGAAGGAGGAAAACCAUGUAUGCCACAGUUGAGUUCCUGGGAUGGGGAAAGGUGGGCUAUAAAUGCAAUAAACAAUAAAUAAACAAACAAAUAUUCCCCACACAAGGAACAAUAUUUGGUACAAAGGGAGAGUAAUUAAGCCAUGGCGCUACUGACGUACAUGAAAGUAUGUAAAGGACAGGCUCCUGCCUUAAAGAAAUUACAUUCUUAAUUUAGUUAGGCAGUAGGGAAGUGGAGGCAGAAAGAAGACAACAGAUGAUGGAUAAUGUAGUUAUUGCUCAACCUGACAGCCAUCUAAUAUGACUAUAGGCAUGUUAAAGAUGUGAAUCCUGAAAUUGCUGCUAGGCUGAGCCCGUCAUUUACAAAUCCUCAAAUAAAUAACUGUAAUUUCUGGGGUUUCUCUUUAAAUCACCACAAAUAUUUUACAGAAGAUGAUAUCAUUGGAUCCCCCACCCUUCUCUCUUUUCCAGAAAUUCGCCAUCGAAAACACCUUGGAUGAAACCAAGUCUCGCUACGCCUUCCAGCUUCAGAGCAUCCAACACGUCAUCUCCAGAUGUGAAGAAGAGCUCAGCCAGAUCCGCAACGACCUCAGGUCUCAAAAUAACCAAUACAAGGUCCUCCUUGGAAUAAAAACACGCCUGGAGAAGGAGAUUGCGACUUACCGCGAGCUUCUGGAUGGAAAGAUUGAUGGGUGAGGGAAAGUUAAUAUUGAGUCAGGCAAAGGAAAGAAUAAAUCUAUGGCUGGUAUCUACAUAGAAUUGGUAUGUUUUUAUGCAGACAAAGUGCACAGCAGGAAAACUGAGGCCCCAUCAUGUAUACAGGUACAUGCCUGAAAAAAAAUACAUUUAUGUGGCACUUAGGGCUGCUUUUAGAUGGCAGGUAAUCCCAAUGCACUGGACAUUACCCCUUCAGAUGUGCAACUCUCUCUAUGCAUGAUAGAAGGUAGCAUAUAUGCAACUCCCUACUCAAAAGUCACAGAGGUUUUCAACCUUUUUGAGUCCAUGGCUCCCUUGAUCAGCUACAUUCUUUCUGUGAUACCCCUGUGGAGUUCAGGAGCCCAGUUAUGUCACUCCUUGUCUGCAGAGCUGGCAGCCUCUCACCCUUUUUUGAACACCCUCCCUUGAGGGUUCCCUCAGCCUCCUCUCCCCUCUCCUUGGGAGUCCUCUGGGCAGUCGCCACAGCCAUCCCUGGUCUCUGAGCUGCCUCAGCUUCUGGCAACCAGCAUCCCCACCCCCUGCCCGUACGGGCCAGUCUUGACAGACUCUAGGGUUGUGCGCUCAUCUCACUCUAGAGGCCGGGAGCCAGCGCUGUCCGCAGACACUUCCGGGUCACGUGGCCAGCGUGACAAGCUGCAUCUGGCAAGCCAGCGCAGCACACGGAACGCCGUUUACCUUCCCGCUAGUAAGCGGUCCCUAUUUAUCUACUUGCACCCGGGGGUGCUUUCGAACUGCUAGGUUGGCAGACUCUGGGACCGAGCGAUGGGAGCGCACCCCGCCGCGGGGAUUUGAACCGCCGACCUUUCGAUCAGCAAGUCCUAGGCGCUGAGGCUUUUACCCACAGCGCCACCCGCGUCCCUAUUGUGGAGGACUAACAAAACUUAAACGUCCCAGACACAGAAAGAAGAGAGGGGACACCUAGCUGUGUACAGUGCCCACCCCCUAACACUAAUUAAGAAAUAGAAAUAGGGUUGUAUGAGAAUUUGCAUUGUGCAUAUUAAUUUAUGCUGCCUUUUUUUUGGUCAUUUCGCAGAAUGACGGGCUCCACUUCAAGCUCUAGAGGUAAAAGUCUUGAUAAUUGUUGGAAAAGUCCCAAUAUUCUUUAUGUGUUUUGUUUAUGUUUCCAUCUGGUUGGAUUUCCGUGGAGAAUUUCUAUCUCAAAAACAUGAGCAGCGUCCUCAUCCUCUAAAUGAAGGGUGGGGGAUGAGGGGUGUACAUGGUUGGGAAGUUGUGUCCUGUACAAAGGUAAGGGUCACAUCCAUUGCUCCACCUACAUCUGGCAUGCAGCCACUGAAUGAGGGUAACUUAUGAGGGUCAAAAGGGUUCCACAUCCUUGCUGGAUCCAGAGGUGAUCAACAUCUGGCUGUGAAUAUGAGCUAGGUGUGUGGAUGCUCCAGCUCACAGGAGUUGCAUUCACAAAAGGCUUCUUGUUAAGCACCAUUCCCUGCUUGAAGUAAGAUUCAAAAUGGCACCAGCCCUGUGGAGCACCUGUCCAUCAGAUGUCAAACAGAUAAACAACUCUAUGACUUUUAGAAGACAUCUGAAGGCAGCCCUGUAUAGGGAUGUUUUUUUAAUGUUUGGUGUUUUUAUAUUUUGUUGGAAGCUGCCCAGAGUGGCUGGGGCAACCCAGUCAGAUGGGCAGACAAAACUAUUAUUAUUAUUAUUAUUAUUAUUAUUAUUAUUAUUAUUAUUAAAUGUAAGUCCAUUGUGAACAGACGUUUCGCUGUGGAGAGUGAAGUGGAGAGAGAUAUAUUCCCACCCUCCGGGCAUCUCUUACAUUUAAUAAGAUAAGCAGAACCCCGCACACCUCAAGAGGUUUACAAAGUUUGCCCACACUUCACAAAAGAGGCAGAAACAGAAACACUUCCUUCAUGAGGAGCAAAGUUUUUCACAUAACUAGAGAGUGGGAUCGCAACAGUGUGAAGGAAGAAUAAUUUCCUCAGAAUUCAGCCUUCUGCUCUGCGUAUGUCAUGGCUUGGUCACUGCCAAAAUGUUUAUGAAGUAAAUGUCAUGCUUACCUCAAGUUAAGGGAAACUUUUCCAUCACAAGGGCCACAUUCCCUGCUGGACAGCCUUCCAGGGGCCACAUGACAGAGGCAAAAGUGGGCAAACCAAAUGUUGCCUUCAUACGGUAGGCUAGUUUCUAUGCACAUUGAUUGGCCUUUCUCUGGCCUCUACUGAGGCAUUGCCACAGUUCAAGGACACAUUCCCAGUCAGGCCAAAACACUGGGGGGGGGGUGAAAAGCAGAGCCAUUGAAAGGCAUGGCCUGGGGAGACUUCUGAGGGCCAGAUAAAGUGGCACGGAGGGCCACAUUCUGUCCCUGGGCUUGAGGUUCCUUGCCCCUAUUUUCAAUAUCAGAAGGGCUGCCGCAUGGAAGAUAGAACAAACAGGGACCUGAAUCAAUGGAUUCAAACUGCAAGAAAGGAGAUUCUGACUAAACAUUAGAAGGCAGCUUCUGAUGGUAAGAGCUGUUUGAGAAUGGAAUGGACUCCCUCAGAAGGUGUUGAGCUGUCCUUCAUUUGAGGGUGGAUGGCCAUCUGUCAGGGAUUCUUGAGCUGUGAUUCCUGUAUUGCAGGAGGUUGAAUUAUAUGACCCUAGGUAUAUCUCCAGUUCUACAAUUCUAUGACUCUACAUCAUGUUCUCAUAUUUUUCUAGUAAGCAAGGCCUUCAGGAGCCUGUGCGCCAAUGUCAAAUUUAUAGAACGGUACUAUAACAAUUCUGAUAGUUCAGUUGGGUAGUCCCUCAGUCCCAAACAUCUUUAUCUAUAUAAUAGAGCAUGCCUCACUUCUUGCAUAAUUAUGUAUCCCCACAUUUGUUCCAGGAUAUGGAUCUCCCAGCCAACAUCUAACAAAAAUCAUUCAGGAUAGUGUGGAUGGACAAGUGGUUGCCACACAUACUGGUGAAAUCAAACGGCAAGCUUGAGGUCAGCACUUUGAAGAAAAGAAGCACUUACACGCAGGAAAGAAACCCCACAGAAGUCCAGCUCUCUAAGGAAAAGAACCCUGUUCUUCAUUCACUGAUAUACUUUGGGAGCCUUGAAUCUAUUCCCCCCCCCCUUUUUGCCAUUUACAUGUUGUCACCCAAACCAAUUCUAAUUUUAUUUAAUAUGAAUGCAAAUAGUUUGUCCUCUUCUCUUGGCUCCUACUUCUUUAAAGAGCGCAAUACAAAUAAAUUAAAAAUGUCAU